UACAGAGUGAGAGAGAGAUAAGAAAAUUGAAAAAAGAGGUUUAACUGAUAUAGACGCAGAGAGAGAGAGAAACGUAUCUGCCGAAAAUCUAUAAAAUUCGAUUCAUUUUUUUACUUUUAAAAGCAACAAAUCUCUCACCAAAGAAAAAAAAAAACUAUAUACACAAAAAAAAAAGAUAAGAAGAAAGAGGAAAGAAGAAGAAGAGAAGAGCUCGAAAUGGAAAUAGCUUUGAAUAUGUUCAUGAGAAAAAUAUUUAGGGUUUAAUAAUGCAAUGUUCAAUCCUUUCACAACUCAUCACAGAUAUGAACUGGGCACUCAACAACAACCAUCAUCCUGAAGAAAAGGAGCCAAUAACUACUCAAAGCAACGAUUUUUACCAUCUGGGAGCUAUAGAUUUACCAGAAAAGCCCAAGAAAAUCGAUUUUUGGCGGUCUGGGUUAAUGGGUUUCGCCAAGAUGCAGCAGCAGCAGCUUCAGCAUUCAGUGGCGGUGAAGAUGAACAACAGUCACAACGACCAAGUGGGUGGUGGUAAUAAAAAGGGGUCAACUUUCAUACAGAAACACCGGGCGUUGUUGAAAAAGGGUUUGAUUCUGUGGACCAUCUUUGUUGGGUUUAUAAGCAGAGGGAUUUAUCAGUGGAUGGAUAAUACUAACAAGAUUAGAAGAGAAGAGGUUUUGGUUAGUAUGUGUGAUCAGAGAGCCAGGAUGUUGCAGGAUCAGUUUAGUGUUAGUGUUAAUCAUGUUCAUGCUUUGGCUAUUCUUGUCUCUACCUUUCAUUACCACAAGAAUCCAUCUGCAAUAGAUCAGGGGACAUUUGCGGAAUACACAGCAAGAACAGCAUUUGAGAGACCCUUGCUAAGUGGAGUGGCUUAUGCUGAAAAAGUUGUGAAUGAUGAGAGGGAGAUGUUUGAGAGUGAGCAUAAUUGGGUUAUAAAGACAAUGGACACAGGAGAGCCUUCACCGGUUAGGGAUGAGUAUGCUCCUGUCAUAUUCUCUCAAGAUAGUGUCUCUUACCUUGAGUCACUUGAUAUGAUGUCUGGCGAGGAGGAUCGUGAGAACAUUUUGAGAGCUAGAGAAACAGGAAAAGCUGUCUUGACAAGUCCUUUUAGGCUGUUGGCUUCUCACCAUCUAGGAGUUGUGUUGACUUUCCCUGUCUACACAGCUUCUCUUCCUAAAAACCCUACUGUCCAGGAGCGUAUAGCAGCCACUGCAGGGUACCUUGGUGGGGCGUUUGAUGUGGAGUCUCUUGUUGAGAAUUUACUUGGUCAGCUUGCUGGUAACCAAGCAAUAGUAGUGCAUGUAUAUGAUAUCACCAAUGCAUCAGAUCCACUUGUUAUGUAUGGCAAUCAAGAUGAAGAAGGCGACACAUCUCUCUAUCAUGAAAGCAAGCUUGAUUUUGGAGACCCUUUCAGGAAACAUAAGAUGAUUUGCAGGUACCUCCAAAAGGCGCCAAUACCGUUGAAUGUACUCACAACAGUGCCACUGUUCUUUGCUAUUGGUUUCUUGGUUGGUUACAUACUGUAUGGUGCAGCUGUGCAUAUAGUUAAAGUUGAAGAUGAUUUCCAUGAAAUGCAAGAGCUCAAGGUCCGAGCAGAAGCUGCUGAUGUGGCUAAAUCACAGUUUCUUGCCACUGUCUCUCACGAGAUCAGGACACCUAUGAAUGGCAUUCUCGGCAUGCUUGCUAUGCUUCUUGAUACAGAACUUAGUUCUACUCAGAGAGAUUACGCUCAAACCGCACAAGUUUGUGGUAAAGCUUUGAUUGCAUUGAUAAAUGAGGUUCUUGAUCGUGCUAAGAUCGAAGCUGGCAAGCUGGAAUUGGAAUCUGUACCUUUUGAUAUCCGUUCAAUAUUAGAUGAUGUUCUUUCUCUGUUCUCUGAGGAGUCAAGGAACAAAGGCAUUGAGCUUGCGGUUUUCGUUUCAGACAAGGUACCAGAGAUAGUCAAAGGAGAUUCUGGGAGAUUCAGACAGAUCAUCAUAAACCUCGUUGGAAACUCGGUUAAAUUCACAGAGAAAGGACAUAUCUUUGUCAAAGUCCAUCUUGCAGAACAAUCAAAAGAAGGAGCUGAAUCCAAACCCGCACUGAACGGAGGAGCGUCUGAAGAUAUAACCGCUGUUUCCAAACCCUCAAGUUACAACACGUUGAGCGGUUACGAAGCAGCAGAUGGUCGAAACAGCUGGGACUCAUUCAAACACUUAGUCUCCGAGGAGGAGUUUUCAUCAGAGUUCGACACGUCAAGUAACGUCAGGCUCAUGGUUUCCAUCGAAGACACAGGUAUUGGGAUCCCAUUAGCUGCACAAGGACGUGUCUUCAUGCCGUUUAUGCAAGCGGAUAGCUCCACUUCGAGAACCUAUGGAGGCACUGGGAUUGGUUUGAGUAUAAGCAAGUGUCUUGUCGAGCUUAUGCGUGGUCAGAUAAGUUUUGUGAGCCGUCCUCACGUUGGUAGCACGUUCUGGUUCACUGCUGUGUUUGAGAGAUGUGAUAAGUGCAGUGUGAGUAAUCAUCUGAAGAAGCCUGCGGUUGAGAAUUUGCCUUCUACUUUUAGAGGGAUGAGAGCUAUUGUUGUUGAUGCUAAGCCUGUUAGAGCUGCUGUGACUAGAUACCAUAUGAAAAGACUUGGUAUCAAUGUAGAUGUCAUGACAAGUCUCAGAACCGCUGUUUCUAGUGUUGCUGCUGCGUCUGGAUUCUCUGGAAGAAACGGUUCUACUCUCUCAUCAGGAACAACAAAGCCGCAACUUGAUAUGAUCUUAGUAGAGAAAGAUUCAUGGAUCUCAACUGAAGAUAUAGACUCAGAGAUACGUCAACUAAACACAAGAACCAACGGAAACGUGCAUCACAAGACACCAAAACUCGCUCUUUUCGCAACAAACAUCACAAACUCAGAGUUCGACAGAGCUAAAUCCGCAGGGUUUGCGGAUACGGUGAUAAUGAAACCAUUGAGAGCAAGCAUGAUCGGUGCUUGUUUACAGCAAGUUCUUGAGCUGAGAAAGACGAGACAACAUCAUCCUGAAGGAUCAUCACCAGCAACGCUAAAGAGUUUGCUUACAGGGAAGAAGAUUCUUGUGGUUGAUGAUAAUAUGGUUAACAGAAGAGUAGCUGCAGGAGCUCUGAAGAAGUUUGGAGCAGAAGUGGUGUGUGCAGAGAGUGGUCAAGUUGCUUUGGGUUUGCUUCAGAUUCCACAUAGUUUCGAUGCUUGUUUCAUGGACAUUCAAAUGCCACAGAUGGACGGGUUUGAAGCGACUCGUCAGAUAAGGAUGAUGGAGAAGGAAGCUAAAGAGAAGACGAAGCUGGAGUGGCAUUUACCGAUUCUAGCCAUGACAGCUGAUGUGAUCCACGCAACGUACGAGGAGUGUCUGAAGAGUGGAAUGGAUGGUUAUGUCUCUAAGCCAUUUGAAGAAGAGAAUCUAUACAAGUCUGUUGCCAAAUCAUUCAAAGCUAACCCAAUCUCAGAUUCAUCAUCAUGUAGCCAAAGUUGAAGACGAAGAAGGAAGAGAUAAAAAAACAUGCAACUUGGUUGGUUCGUGUCGUGUGUACAUAUAGGGUUAUCAGAGAUUUUGAGAGUUUGGUUUUGACCAGUAAUAGUAAUGUUUGUGAAACGACGGUUUAGUGUUGAUAUUAAUCCUUAACCGGAGUUCGAUUUGUACCGAAUCCUUUUGUUUUUAUUUAUUUUGAAGACCAUAAUAAAUAUUGGUUCAUUCAAUAGUCACUGGGAACUGCAAUAGAUGAUGAUGACCGGAGGGUGACAGAACACAUGGACAGAGGAUUUUCUUACAGGUUUUGCAGAGAUGGUCUAGUAGCUUUGAAACAAUUAUGGUUGCAAGGUGGAAGUGUUUGUAAACAAGUUGAAGAGGUUCUUAGAAAACAUGGUAAAGCUGAGUUUUGAUUUAGGUGAAUCAAGAAAGCAUAUGAAGACAACAUGUUCAAGCGUAUUCAGGCUGCAGCUUUGGCUGUGAAGGAAAAGUUGUUAGAACUCUGGUUUAGUGUCUAUGGUGUGAACCAAAAAUACAACUUUCUUUUAACUUAACCUCUUUUAGAAAGAAAUGGAAAGUAUUCUGAUAUACCCCAGUUGGAAAAUAACUAUUCUAACUACCCUACCAUUUUUCUCACUGCCCCACUUUUUUUUUUUUAUUCGUAGUAGUUUCUAGUAAUUCAAGGUAGUUUGUUUUUUGUUCAUAGUAGUUUCUAGUAAUUUAAGGUAGUUUCUAGUAAUUCAAAGUAAUUCAAAGUAGUUUCUAGUAAUUCAUAUUACACAUAAUACUGAUUCAUUAAGGGUAAUUGAUUUUUUAACCAUACUUAGACUUUGAGCAAAAAAAAAAAAUCAAAUUUAUGAUGGGUUGAAAUAGAAUGAAGAUGGUAGUGAGUGGAGCAAUGUAGAAUUUAGUCC